CCGGAUCACAUGGACCGGACCGAUGUGAACUGAACUAAGAUGCUGCCGAGCGGAACCGGACUGAUGGGCGGGUUUCUUUAACCCACAUCCGGCUCUGGUCCAGGCCGCUGCUUUGUGGUGUGUGUGACUGACUGGUUUCCAUGGAAACCCAGUGACUGACCAGCCGUUUAAACCAACAUUAUUGUUUCACUUGGAACCAGAAUCGGUUGUUUUACUGGUACCAGCAGGGACCCUGAUCCUGGAACAGUUCUGGAGAGUCGGGUCCAGAACAAGGUUCUGAAUCCGAUACUGGUGGUACUGGGAGGACCCCCCUGAUCCACAGCUGGAAGAACAAACACCUGUGCAGGUGGUUCUUGGUCAGAACUGUUCUGGUCCAGUAACCCUUCCCAGUCAGGGGAACUCGGACCCACAGGAACUUAUGGACUCGAUCUUAAAGUCUCUUUAUUGUUUCUCAUCUUUAGACUUUUCCCUCAGACCGAUCGGUUCCAGGUUCUGACCCAGUUUCAGUCUUUUAAACCAGAAAACAUCAGUGUGGGGAUUGUGGGCGGAGCCAGAACCUCCCUCCUCCUCCUCCUCCUCCUCUUCCUCCUCCUCCUCCUCCUCCUCCACAGACGGAGGAACCCUCCUUCAUCUCUGAAGAACCUCAUUGUUGGAUCAGAGAUCCUCUGCCAGCAGACAGAGCUCUCACUCCGUCUCCUCUUAGAAGAACAGAUGAUGUCAGAUUUAUUUCCGUCGGCCGUUUGGACCCCAGCUUCUCCUCUCAGCGGCUGUGGAAGAUCCUCUGGGUUCGGUUUGAAGUUUGACCCCGCCCCCUCAGCCCCUCUCAUCCAAUCGCAGCGGCCGUCUGAUGAAGCCAACCCAAAGCCCCUCAGCCUCGCUCACCAGGCGGGCGGCUGUCAUCCGUUCAGCUCCGCCUUAUUUGGGCAUCAUGCUGUGGCUCCGCCCCCUGACCUCCUCUGCCCCCCCCCGCCUGGAUGGAACAGCUUCUCUCGGGGUCUGCUCAGCACCUCCUCCUCUUCUUCAGCCGGCUGCUGUCCUCCAGAGCAGCGUGAAUGUGCGAGCUGCGGGACGAGGAGCGCCCUCCUGUGGAGGAGGGUGGCAGCGGCGGAACACCUGUGUUACACCUGCAGCCUGAGAGCGGACGACGGGAGGAAGGACCGGAACACGCCGCUGCUGAGGCCGAGGAGGCGAGCGAUGGCGGCAGCCAGGAGAGGAACCCGCUGCUCCAACUGUGAGACAGAAACCACGUCUCUGUGGAGAAGGAACGCUGCAGGAGAACCCGUCUGCAACGCCUGCGGACUUUACUACAAACUGCACCAGGUCCAGCGGCCGCUGAUCCUGAAGAAAGAAGAGAUCCAAACCAGGAAGAGGAAAGCGGCCAAUAGGACGACGGCGAGGAGGAGAGCCGACCAAUCAGGGCGCCGGCUGCCCGGCCUGGACCCUUCUACCCCGCCGGCUCACCGCUGCUCCACCGUGCAGUAAACGGGACCGGGAGUUCUGGACCUGGCUGUUGCUCUGUGGAUGGAUACGUCUGCGCUUCGGUUCUGGCAGAGCUGGACGUCACCUGGAGAUUAGCCGAUUUCAGAGGAAACC